CCAAAGCACCCACAGGCGGCCGGGUCCUCGCGCAGCCAGCAAUCCGUCCCAGAUGUUGGUCAUUUCCCCGCGUCCCGACUGCAUUUGAAUCGUGUAGCGGGAGGCCAUAGCUGACUGAUCCCGCGAUGUCUAUUUAGGACUGGAUGCAACUCACAGACUCGGUGCGGGCAACCUGUUGGAGACCACUGCACUAGACUUUAAGCAUACAAGUUUUUGUCGGACGUUGCUGUGUGGAGCGGGCAGGGGCAGCUCAGCAAUAGGUCUGUUUGAGUUCAUGCUGCGCAGCGCUGAGAACACCGAUCGGCGAGGUUUGUCGCUUGCAGUCGAGGGAGGAGUUGAAGACGGAUCCGUGAAGUCGGCCACCUGCUGCUUGUUGUAAAGAAACAGUGGUGUCAUCAGCUGUAGAUUCACAGAUGGCUGCACUGCGCAAAGAUGGGGCCAGACAUGACAAUGGACCUGUAUUAAAAGCUUGUGAUCAAUAAGGACAAUAUCACGGUGACAUUAAAGGGACGUAAGCCAGACCUGAGUGAAGACAUGACUACAAACUAACUUGAUGGAAUCUCCACAGUCUUUUAACCCUCCUCAAAAAGAGUCUGUGGUCACUGGUGUGACUCAGAUGCCCCAGCAGGAGGAAGACGAGGAUGGCGAAGAUGAAGAAACCGGUGAGAAGUUUGAGUUCGAUGACAGUGAAGAUGAGCAUCAAACAGAGGAGAAAAAUAAACCAGGAGCUCUUCAUGUAGAAGCUGAGCUUUUAGACAGCACUAAAGGACACACAGAUCCAAAUGCACUUUAUUGUCAAGCUAUGAAGAGUGUCACACUGCAGGAGAUAAAUGGAGGGACCCUUGCUGGUCUGGAAGACCAAGACAUUUCCAUGCAUGCUCAUGUGACACGUGCAGAUACGGUGGCCAGACGAUCUCUUGAUGGGAGUUCUGUCUCUGCGGAGCCUCGAGGAACUGAAGAACCAGCAAACAUUGGGAAAAGAAGUAACAUUAAUGAAGGUGCAGGCUUUGCCCCUGAGUGCCUCUACGCACCUAUAAGGAAGAAAGCUAUAGACAAACAUGCUAAGACAGCACCGGGUCGCUCUCAGGAAUGGUUCAGUGUGGUUUCAGAGCUCACUCUGCGACUACAUAAAGGGAAACCUGUUUCUGAGUCAGAGGGAGAUUCAUCUCCAGAACAGCUUCAGGUGAACACGGCUCAUUCGGAAGUCAUAUAUGAUGAUGUGCCUUGCGAAAACAUCACCUCUCUAGGUGCAGAUGAUGAUGUGAUAUACGAGGAUGUGCAGAGGUCUGGCGAGUCUGCGUUGAUAGACAACGGCUGGGGUUCCAGUGAGUUUGAGAGUUAUGAUGAGCAAUCAGACAGUGAAACCAAGCAGCCCACCCGCAAUAAGAUAUCUCCGGAUGUGCGGCGUCUGAAGCAGCGCUGUGUCCAGACCAGGCGUGAGCUUGCCAUGCGCUUAGGCGCUCGAGAUGUCGGGCAGCUCAAACAAAGCUAUGACAUUAAGGUUCAACAGCUCAUGAAAUUUGCUAGGAACGGCACAAAAGAUGGACUGGAAAAGACGAAAAUAGCCAUGAUGCGCAAAGUGUCCUUCCUGAGUAAAAAAGACUCCACAGAUGACACAGAAGAUGAUUCUGGAUAUUUGGAUGUCACUGUUUCUGAACUGAAGCAUCCACCACCACAACUGUCUCCAAUGCCAGAAGGGCUCAGUAGCCAACAGGUUGUUAGGCGUCAUAUUCUCGGCUCUAUCAUCCAGAGUGAAAGAAGCUACUUAGACUCACUUAAGAGAAUCCUUCUGGAGUACAAAAAGCCUUUAAUGGAGGCGGACCCCCGGAUCUUAAGUUUAAAGAAGAUCCUGCCCAUUUUCUACAGAUUGAAGGAGAUCCUGCAAUGCCACUCCAUGUUUCAGAUAGCGCUGGCAUCACGUGUAGCUGAAUGGGACAAUACAGAGACAAUUGGAGACCUAUUUGUAGCUUCUUUUUCCAAGUCAAUGGUGCUGGAUGUGUACAGUGACUAUGUCAACAACUUUACCAGUGCUAUGGCUCUCAUCAAGAAAGCUUGUAUGUCCAAGCCAGCAUUCCUGGAGUUUCUCAAGAAGAAACAGGCUGCCAGUACAGACAGAAUAACACUUUAUGGACUGAUGGUCAAACCAAUCCAGCGCUUUCCUCAGUUCAUACUGCUGCUUCAGGACAUGCUGAAGAACACACCUGUAGGACACCAGGACAGGUUGCCUCUGCAGCUGGCCCUCACAGAGCUGGAGUCACUCGCUGAGAAGCUAAAUGAGCAGAAACGUCUGGCAGAGCAGCUCACUGAGAUCCAACAGCUUGCUCGUAGCAUCAGCGACCGCAACCUCAGCAAGCAGCUGAGCUCAGAUCAAAAGCAGUUGAUUCUGUGUGAGACAUUGAUUGAGACGGUCUAUGGCGAGAAGGGUCAAGUCCUUAAGUCUAAAGAACGUAAAGUUUUUCUCCUGAACGACAUGCUCGUCUGCGCAAACAUCAACAUGAAGGGUCCUCCAGAUAUCAGCAGCUUGGUCCCUGUUGGCCCAAAAUACGCAGUUAAGUGGAGUGCACCACUGCUGCAGGUUCAAGUGGUGGAGGUGGGCCAGGAGACGCCCCAGCGCCAAGACAGCGUCUACCAGCAGAGCGGCAGCAAACGCUUAAGUUCCAACAACAACCAUGGAAAGCUGUUUCUGGGACCACCCCGGCUGUUUCAGGAACUGCAGGAGCUACAGCAUGAUCUGGCCGUGGUGGAGGAAGUCACGUUAUUAGUCGGCACCCUGCAGGGAUCUUACCAGAAUCUCAACACUACGGUGGGGCAGGACUGGUGCAUGGCUCUUCAGAGGCUCAUCCGCAUCAAAGAAGAUGCAAUCCAGUGUGCCAACAAGUGUCGUCUACGACUUAUGGUUCCUGGCAAGCCUGACAAGUCUGGACGUCCGGUUAGUUUCACAGUGGUCUUCAGCACACCCAGCCCAAUAAGCAAAAUCUCAUGGGUCAAUCGCUUGCAUCUGGCCAAAAUUGCCUUGAAAGAGGAGAACUUGCCUGGCUGGGUGUGUGUAGAGGAUGAUGAAAAGACGAAACCUCCUUUCUGGUGCCCAUUACUGGCCUGCCAGGUGCCUGUUUUUACACCAAAAGCACAGGAUCUGAAGUUGCAAGCCGGACUGUAUAACCCAGUCCAGUGUGCCCUGCUUGGCUUCUCAGCAGCCAGCACAUCCUUGCCUCAGGGCUACCUCUGGGUGGCUAGCGUUGGCGCUGACUCUCACGGGCAAGUGGAAAUUUUCUCCCUUAACAGGCCCACUCCACGAUCGGUUAAGAGUUUCUCUCUCGGCUCCCCUGUGCUUUGUUUGGAGUAUAUCACAGAGCCCAGCACCGAUGAGGAACAGGAGGUAGAGGCCACUGAUGUUCCCUCCAAGAUUGGCAACACCAUCUGUGUAGGAUUACAGGACGGCAACAUCCUAGUUUACGGAAGUGUGGACACUGCGGCACAGUGUCUGCUAACGUUCUGUAACCCAGAGUGCUGUCCGGUUUUAUGCCUAAAACACUCCGACAAUUUUCUCUUUGCUGGUUUGAGUAAUGGAAAAGUUGCCGUGUACAACAGAAAAAGUGGAGAAGGGUUAUGGGAUCCAGACUCAUGCAGACACGUGGUUAUUGGAUACGCUCCCGUCCUCAAACUCCUCCGAAUCGACGAGUGUGUGUGGGCCAGCUGCGCCAACCAGGUCUCUGUGAUUGAGGGCUCCUCUCUCAGGACUCAGAGUUUUGAAGCACAUCCAGAUGCUAUGGUUAGCGUGACCCACAUGGUGCGUGCCGGAGGAGGAGUGUGGAUGGCGUUUUCAGAGGGAUCAUCCCUGCGUCUGUUUCACACUGAAACACUGGAGCACCUCCAAGAGAUCAACAUUUCAACACCCUCCGCAUAUCUGAGUCCUGGUCAAAAAUCUGUGUGUGUAACCAGUCUGCUCAUCUGCCAGGGUUUGCUGUGGGUAGGCACAGCUCAGGGCAUUAUUGUAACCCUGCCAAUGCCCAGACUGGAGGGCAUUCCCAAAAUAACAGGCAAAGGGAUGACAUCGCUCAACGCUCACAAUGGCCCUGUUGAAUUCCUAGUCGCCACUUCAAGCGUUUUAUCCCAAGAUUUCCUAAAGCGGGAUUCCGGAGUGGAUGGUGUGGAUUCAAAUAGUGGAGGGGAGGAUAAAGAAACAAACUCAUCUCGAGAGUCCCUCCAGCAGUUGGAUGUCUCUCCGCAGGUAGAAGCCAAACCUAAAGGAGUGAUUCUGCAGUACCACCUGCGGUCCACCUCUCAGCUCCCAGGCAAGCUCUUGACGGCCCGACCCGAUGAAGCCUCUGAGUCCACACCAGAACCUCUGGAGCACACCCUGGAAGACGGCUCCAUCUAUGAACUGAGUGAUGACCCAGAGAUUUGGGUCAGGGGACCUGGACCUUCUUCUAAAGAAGCGGCACGGAGGGAGAAGGUAACAUCAGCCGCUAUUAUAUCCGGUGGAAAAGGUUUCCGUCGGCUCACUAAAUCAUCCAACUCUCCUGACUCUAAUGAGAACACGCUCAUGGUCUGGCAGUUACCCAUUACAGUUUGAGGCUAUAGUACGGUUCUCUCUUCCCCUUUUUGCAGCAGUGGGGGAUUGUCAGAUUACCGAAGGACAAAUAGACUGGAAGCUCUUGGCUUAAAAGCAAUUAUUCCACGUUUCCUCCAGAAGGUUUUGAUAAACAACUGUGCCAUUCGUUUUUUCCAUUUUUUUUGUAAUAACAGCAUGUGCUUAGCAUAUAAUACACCACAACUAAAUAUAAAAGUUAAUCUUUUCACACUAUCCACAAAUGACUAAUGCCGCCAGAAGAUGAAAUUUGAUCUGAUUGUGAAGAAUCAGGGUACGUGUUUGUUGUUUUUUCAGUUAUACAAACAAUAAUCCUUAGUAUGUAUCUGGCUGUGACCCAAUUCUUUAAAUAAGAGAUAUUUUUAUACGACAGCGACAAAGGUGUGUACGGUAACUGAUGGAGUCAUUGUAUUUAAAUGUGUUUUAAUGUUAUUUUAGUGUGAAAUGUGAAUAGGUGAUAUGUAAUGCAAAUAAAAGGAAGCCCCUUGGCGUAGGUACAAUACCUGUUCGUCAUGAAUCCCAUUGUCACACAGUGUCACUUUGUUAAAAAAAUAAUAAAAAUAAAUCACUACUAUGAUUGAA